AUGCCGGGAGUACCACCAGACGCGGUCGAGAAUGUAAAGAAGCUGUUCAAGGGCAUUUUCCGGCGCGGCAGGAAGGCGAAGGAGGACAAAGCCACGGAGAGUGCUGCCACUACGCAGACAACUCAACAGACCACCAGCACGGCCUCUCAGCAGAAGCCCGCUGCCGCCCAGCAGCCUCCUCUCACUGACGGCGCGCCGAACACCGACAAACCCUUGCCGCCGACGCACCCAUUGCAGACUGGGCCGCACGACAAGCCACAAGUAGCCGUUCCACAGAAAGACGAUGCGCAGCCAGGGCCAGCCAUUGAUGGAGCCCGCGAGACGAAGAAUGAAUUGGCAGGCACGGGUGUCGUCCCAUCUUCAGCAUCUGUGUCUGCGGUCGAAAAGGACACCCCGCCGGCGCCGCCUCCAAAGAACGACCAGCCCGUAGCUGCCAGCCCGGCUACGACUCGGCAGACAAGUGGUAAGGUCUCUAAGCUGAGAGCAGGCGAGUGCUAAUCUUUCCGCAGCCAAGGAGAACACAGCACCUACGACCACGACUGCGCAGCCAGCCGUGACCGAGACGACCCAGCCGGCCCUGACAACGACGACCGGUACUACGGAAGAGGCAGAGAGGACGGGGCCACCAGCAGCGAGCAUUGCUACGGCGACGACAGCGACGACAGCACCAGAAGCUGCGAAAGCAGAGAAGCCUGUCGGAGAGAAGGUGCCCGUGCAGGACGAGAUGAAGCCGGCUGCGAAGACGCUGACCGGUGGCGGCAUGAGCGCAACUUCUGGUCCGCUUGAAGACUACCCAGACGGCGUGGGCCUCGUCGAGAAAGAAUGA